AUGCCGACAAUAAUUUUAUUGCCGCUAAUAUUUUUAUCUAUCUAUCUAUCUAUCUAUCUAUCUAUCUAUCUAUCUAUCUAUCUAAAUGCCCCUUGCUUAUGCUCGUGGACCGAUAACGAAAUUCAUAGGCAAUUUUCUGGGGUUCUGAACCCGACAUUCUCUUUCCAGUGGAUCCAUUUAUGGGUGUUCGCUUCAUCGCACACGCGAAUUCCUGACAAAAUCAGUCUUUCUCUUUUCUCACAUUCCUUUAUUCUUGUUCUUUUCUCAUUUUCCCUUAUCCUUGUUUCUUUCUCGUAUUCCAUUAUUCUUGUUCCUUUUUCGUAUUCCCUUAUUCUUUUCCUUACUCAUAUUCCCUUAUAUUGUUUCUUUCUCAUAUUGCAUUAUUCUUUUCCUUUCUCAUAUUCUAUUAUUCUUGUUCCUUUCUCAUAUUCCAUUAUUCUUGUUUCUUUCUCAUAUUCCAUAAUUCUUGUUCCUAUCUCUUAUUACCUUAUUCUUGUUCCUUUUUCAUAUUCCCUUAUUCUUGUUCCUCUCUUAUUACCUUAUUCUUGUUCCUUUUUCAUAUUCCCUUAUUCUUGUUCCUUUCUUAUAUUCUAUUAUUCUUGUUCCUUUUUCGUAUUCCCUUAUUCUUGUUUCUUUUCUCAUAUCCCCUUAUUCUUGUUUCUUUCUCAUAUUGCCUUAUUUUUGUUCCUUUCUCAUAUUCCAUUAUUCUUGUUUCUUUUCUCAUAUUCCCUUAUUCUUGUUUCUUUCUCAUAUUCUAUUAUUCUUGUUCCUUUCUCAUAUUCCAUUAUUCUUGUUUCUUUCUCAUAUUCCCUUAUUCUUGUUCCUUUCUCAUAUUCCCUUAUUCUUGUUCCUUUCUCAUAUUCCCUUAUUCUUGUUCCUUUCUCGUAUUUCCUUAUCCUUGUUCCUUUCUCAUAUUCCAUUAUUCUUGUUCCUAUCUCUUAUUACUUUAUUCUUGUCCCUUCUCAUAUUCUAUUAUUCUUGUUCCUUUCUCAUAUUCCCUUAUUCUUGUUCUUUUUUCAUAUCCCCUUAUUCUUGUUCCUUUCUCAUUCUGUUACUUACCUGUUGGUGUAUCGGUAG